AGCAUGUCUGUAUAUUUAAAUUGAUCAAUUACUUUUGUGUCUCUAAAGUAGUGUCGAGCCCAACAGUAAUGUGCUGACUAAGCAAGAGGUCAACAUCCGCCCUUGUCAUCACUGUCUUCUCACUUCAGGCUGCAAAGUUUGAUUCCCAGACACCAAAUAAGGCUUUAAAAGAGCCUCGGAGAUCUAGUUUAUGAACAGAGAAGGAUCACCUGUGUGAAGCAUAUCGUCCCCCCAUAUGGAUGCCAUAAUAUAAUAUCCACUGCCUUGUCACAACCAUCAAUGGCUGCAUCGGCAUCAACCCGACGGAACUCUUCGAAGGCGGCCGCUGCCUCGAGGGGGAACGGAAGCAAAAGAGGAUCCACGCAGAUUGAUACGGGAGAGCAAUCACCCCUGAGACGGUCUAAACGGCUCAAGUCAAGUGACGACCUGGGCUCUCCCGCUCCGUGUCAAUCGACUGUGGAGCCAGAGAUUGAGAAGAAUACCUUGCCGAUAGUCGACUCCGAGGAGAAGAAAAUAGCAGUCAUUUCCUCGGGGCAAGAGGUUAAAGAGGAAGAAGAGGAGAAGGAGGAAGUUUCUGCGAUUAUUGCCUCGCCCAAUAGAAAGGGGAGAGUGGCGAAACAAGAACCUGUGGAAGAAAUUGACGAGAAAGGUGAAGGCGAAGAAAUCACUAAAGUAGGGUCGAAGACGUCGAAGACAUUGAAGACAUCGAAGAAUCAGAGGAUGAAGAAGGAGAGUAAAGAAGUCGUCAUUAUGCCGUUGGCUGCGAGGACACAGGGUCUACGCAUGUUCGUAGGUGCCCAUGUCAGUGCUGCAAAAGGCGUCUUCAAUGCUGUAAACAACAGCGUGCAUAUUGGAGGGAAUGCUUUUGCUCUGUUCCUCAAAUCUCAGAGGAAAUGGGACAAUCCCCCUUUGCAAGAUGAUCAUAGAGACCAGUUUCGCCAAUUAUGUCGGGAGCAGGCAUACGACGCCUCAAAAUACAUCCUUCCACACGGCUCCUACCUCGUCAACCUAGCUCAAGGAGAUAAAGCCAAAGCAAAACAAGCAUAUGACUCCUUCCUAGACGAUCUUCGCCGCUGUGAAGAACUGGGAAUAUCACUCUACAAUUUCCAUCCCGGAAGUGCAAACCAAUCUAGCCUCUCCGAGGCGCUCGAACGUCUCGCCAAAGCACUCACAAACGCCCUCUCAGCCACAUCAACCGUCGUCCCAGUCCUGGAGACGAUGUGCGGCCACGGCACGACGAUCGGCGGCUCACUUACGGAUUUCCAGCAACUACUCCGCCUGAUUCCGCAGAAAUACCACUCGCGGAUCGGCAUAUGCAUCGACACCUGCCACAGUUUCGCGGCUGGGUACGAUCUAGCCUCUCCUACGGGAUUCAAGCAGUUCAUGUCCGAGUUCGAAGACGUUGUUGGCAUCCAGUAUCUGCGUGCCCUGCAUCUGAAUGAUUCCCGGGCGCCACGGGGAAGCAAGCGGGAUCUACACGCGAAUAUCGGCACGGGCUUCUUAGGGUUACGGGCGUUCCACAAUGUGAUGAACGAACCACGUUUCGAGGGACUUCCAAUGAUCCUGGAAACGCCCAUCGACAGACCCGUUGAGGAAAUCAAGAAAGACACCGCCGUCGCGCAUGGCGAGGAUGCAAGUGACGAGGAUGGUGACAGCUGCUGUGAAAGCGAUUCGCAGAAAAAGAAGCAGAAAAAGACGAAACAAAAGUCUAAGAAAGCGACAGCAAGCGUCCUCCCAGACCCAGGAGUAUGGGCUCGUGAAAUCAAACUGCUGGAAUCCCUCAUCGGGAUGGAUCCUGAAGGCGCAGAAUUUAAAGCACUCGAGGCCCAGCUUGCGGAGGAGGGACAGGAAAUGCGCCAAAAGUAUCAGGAGCAGUAUGAGCGGAAGCUCGAGGCAGAAGAGAAGCAGAAGAAUAAGCUCAAGAACAAGAAAAAUGCGGCGGCUGCAAAGGAUCAGAAGACGCUAGUUGAUAUGAUGAAAGGUUCUUCCUCGCAGAAACGGAAGACGAGCAGAAGAAGGCAAGAUGAGCAAGUCACAGAUGAAGGGGAGAAUUGACGAUAUCUCAUUCUAGCCGUUUAAAUAGGAAAGAAGGGGUUUCUUCCAUGUCUGCGACAGGCUUAUACUUAUGUCCGUCUAAGAAGAUGCAAUAACGCUUUGUACUUAGCAAAGUCAUGUACUAUAAAAUAAUAUCUACAACCCUCUCCAAAUCGUGUCAUAGUUAACUGAAAUUAAAAUGGGC